CCGCCAAUAGCAUUGGUUUGGAAUCGGGCUAAUUGCUUGUGUGUUUGGUAAAUUAUUGAGAUGUUGUCGUUGGCGUCGUUGGAGUGUGUGGUUUAAAAUGUAAUAAGUGGUUGCCUUCCAGGUUGACGUAUUGUACGAUCUUUCAGUGUUGUACAAAAGCUACUAUAGCGUAAUAUCCGGAUCAUCCGGAUAGUCUGUUGUAAUCACUGCACUAUCGGCACAUUCUGAUUGUUUUUAUGUACUUAAGGGGAGGUUAUUUUUUCAUUUUUAUAUUUAAUUACGUUUAUUCAAAAGCCCACGCAGCGACGUUUUUCGUGAAAUAAAAGCUGGGUUUAUGGAAGUCUGCCUUUGAGAAGUAUGAGCUUGGGAAUUAUGGUGUACUCGGCACGGUGCUCAGGAGUCCCAGAAGCAAAACCUGUGAACGAGAAGCCCUUGAAAGCGAAAGGUGAAUCACCGCCACUUAAGUCAGAACAUGAAAAGAAUGAGAUAUCAGAUCCAGUUGACUGGGGCUAUGACUUGUAUCCAGAAAGACGCGGGGAAAAGUACAAACCAAGCUGGACGAAAAUGAUUUUUCAUGGUGAAGGAAGAGAAAAUUUGGACAAAUUAAGAUGUGAAGAAAAUGUCUACAAUUGUGUGAAAAAUAGUCCUCUUGUGAAAUUAAUGCUUGGUGCUCUAAAGAGUUCAGGAUGUGCAGUUGAUCUGAGGCGACAUAUUGCCUGCGAAGUAUGCGACCCUUCUGUUAGUGGAGGCUAUGAUCCAUUACUUAAUCAGGUGGUGGUGUGUCAGAAUGUGGCCAGAAACAAGGGAGUUGUUCAAGGUGUUCUAACACAUGAGAUGAUUCAUAUGUUUGAUUAUUGUCGUAAUACUCUUGAUUUCAAGAAUGUUGAUCACUUAGCGUGUACAGAAAUACGAGCUGCAAACCUCACUCAUUGUAGUUUUCUGAGUGCCUGGCAUCAGGGAGAUGCAUCACCAUUCAGAAUACAGCAACAGCAUCAGGAGUGUGUGAAAACGAAGGCUCUUCAAUCAAUACUAACUGUUCGCAGUGUGACAGAAGAGGUGGCUCGAGCUGCUGUGGAUCGUGUGUUUAGCAGGUGUUACGCUGAUUUAGAGCCUAUUGGACGUCGCAUCCGCAGGAAUUCACCGGACAUGCAUAAAGCAUACCUAGAGGCUCCUUUGUAUGGUUAUGACUAGUGUUAAGUAGAAAGGCAUGAUGUUAUUUAGGUUGGUAUAGAGAAUAUUAGGUUCCCUUUGUGGUGCUCAACUGUAUGCUAGUUGUAUGAAUUAUAACAUGUAAAUAUUGUAACGUGUUU